AUGAUUGAACUGCAAACUAACACAAGGAUGAAAAUAAAUUCAACACAGGUUUUAUAUUUUACUCUUAGUGCCUACAUUGACACAGGUUCAUUGAAGUAUUUUUCUUUUUUUAUAGUCCUGUGUCUGUAUGUUCUUAUCGUUGGUUUUAACGUCUUGCUGAUCAUUGUGAUCUGUGUGAACAGGACCUUACAUGACCCUAUGUACAUGUUUCUGUGCAGCCUGUUUGUUAAUGAACUGUACGGUAGUUUAGGCUUGUUUCCCUUCAUGCUGAUUCAGAUUCUCUCUGAUGUUCACAUUAUUUCUGCUCCUCUUUGUUUUCUGCAGAUUUUCUGUAUUUAUUCUUAUGCAAGCAUCGAAUUUAGUAACUUAGCCAUAAUGUCUUAUGACAGGUAUGUCGCUAUAUGUCGUCCUCUCCAGUAUAACUCACUGAUGACUUCACAGAGAAUCGUCUUUCUAGUGUCCAUCACAUGGAUACAUUCUUUUUUUUCUGUUAGUGUUACAAUAUUCCUGAGUUCCUCUCUGCAGUUCUGCAGGAAUGCCAUUAAUAAGAUUUACUGCAGUAAUUAUGCUAUUAUAAAGCUGUCUUGUAAUGAGGCAAGGGUCAACAACAUUUAUGAACUUGUUAUGCUCUUUCUAGCAGUCUUUGUUCCUGUAUCUGUAAUUCUAUACACCUACAUGAGGAUUCUUAAGGUGUGUUUAUCAGGGUCUAAACAGACCCGGCAGAAAGCUGUCAGUACCUGCACUCCUCACAUCGCUUCUAUUAUCAACUUCUCUUUUGGCUCUUCCUCUGAGAUCUUACAGAGCAGAUUUAACACAAAUAAUAUUCCUGCCAUGCUAAGAAUAUUUUUAGCACUGUAUUAUCUAACCUGUCAGCCAUUUUUCAACCCAGUUCUGUAUGGCUUGAAUCUGUCCAAAAUACGCAGCCUGUGUAAGAAGCUGGUUUUAAAAUGUGCAUUUUGA